AUGUCAGAAGAAUCAAUUAUGUCUAUAAAUAAUCAAGCAAUUAAAAUCGAACCACCAGAAUAUUCAGAAGAAGACAUUAAACGCGAAAUUGAUUAUGAAUUCGAUGAUCUUGAUGAUAUUGUUAAAUCUGAAUCGUGUACUGAGGAUUAUGAAACCUGUUUACAAAGAUUCAUGAAUUCCGAAGUGACUAUAGAAGAAGAGGUCAAACAGGAGUUUGUCGAGACAUCAGCUUACGAAUGUGACACUUGUAAUAGAGCAUUUACAGAUCCAGAUCACUUAAAAGAGCAUGUGGUCGAUCACAUGCCUAGCAAUAGCAAAGAAAGCCCUUUCAAAUGUAAAAUCUGUCAUAAGACUUUCAAAUCGGUUUAUUUAAAAAAACACAUGCUAAUUCACAGCGGUAAGCGCCCCUAUGAAUGCAGUGUAUGCAAUAAGACAUUCACAAAAUUAGGUAGUCUUAAACGUCACAUGCUCAUUCAUAAUGGAGUACGCCAACAUAAAUGCAGUAUAUGCAAUAAGACAUUCACACAAUCAGGUAGUCUCAAACGUCACAUGCUCAUUCACAAUGGAAUACGUCCUCAUGAAUGCAGUAUAUGCAAUAAGACAUUCACACUAUUAAGUAAUCUGAAAAAACAUAAGCUCAUUCACAAUAGAGUACGCCAACAUAAAUGCAGUCUAUGCAAUAAGACAUUCAUACAAUUAGAUAGUCUUAAAUGUCACAUGCUCAUUCACAAUGAAGUACGCCCCCAUGUAUGCAAUAUUUGCAAUAAGCGGUUUACACAAUCUGGUCAUCUGAAACACCACAUUUCUUUGGUGUUUUUGACUUUCACAGAAAUAGGCAGUAUGAAAUGUCACAUGCUGAUUCAUAGUGGAGUACGCCCCCAUGUAUGCAAUACUUGCAAUAAGACGUUCACACAAUCUGGUCAUCUGAAAACCCACAUGCUCAUUCACAGCGGAGUACGCCCUCAUGAUUGCAAUAUAUGUAAUAAGACAUUUACAACGUUAAGUAUUCUAAAAAGUCACAUGCUCAUUCACAGUGGUAGUCUCAAACGUCACAUGCUCAUUCACAAUGGAGUACUCCGCCAUGAAUGCAGUAUAUGCAAUAAGGCAUUCACGCAUUCUGGUACUCUGAAACGUCACAUGCUGUGUUGUCACGGAGAAAAUUCUUAUAAAUGUGAAAUAUGCAAUAAAGUAUUUACUCAAUCCAGCGAAUUAAAGAGACAUAUGGUACUUCAUGGUGGGAACGUUUUUAAAGGCAGAUGCAGCGUGAGUCCAUCUCCAGCAGAAGUUGAAGCAGCAAUCCUCUCAGCAAAGGAGGCGACGAACAAUGUUAAUUUAGCUCAACAGCAAGUUCAAGCUGCAAAGCAAGCUGUUCUGGAGCAGCAACGCAUAGCUGCUGCUAAAGAAGCUCAUGCUCGGCAUGCUGCUGAAAAAAGUGAACAAGCUGCCGCUCUGCAUAGGGCCGAAGCUGCCGCAGCAGCGUCUUCGGUUCUUCACGCCCAACAGCGCGUUGCGCAUGCCAAAGCAGAUGUCGCCCACAAACAACGCGUGGCUGCUGCUAAGGAAGCCAAAGCUGCUGCAGCUAUACAGAAAUCCGCUGCUGCGGCUGCUGCUGAGAUUAAGCGUACCGAACACGAGGCUUCCAAAUUGUCCCAGCAUUCGCGAUCUAGCGCUGCCGCUGCUCAGCAUCACGUGAUGGCCACAAAAGACGCAACUUUGGGCCCGAUUGCCGCAGGAGUGCGCCACGGCGGCCCUUGGUUUGCGUCACCGAUCUCUGCGGCACCUUGGGCCUCCUCGCCGGUACUUUACGCUUCAAAAACUAUAUGGUCCUAA